GACCACGCUCGCGAUCGUUGCAAGCACCAAACAGAACCGCAAAAUUCUACGAUUUGACAUCACCGCCCCUCAUCAGUACUUACGGAACUUUCCAGUGAUUGUUUUGUGUUUUAAAUUCCCUUCGACUACCGAGCAAAACAAUUACCACAGUGUAAUAUAAAAUUGCUUCUUGACGUUUUCCGUUAUUCUCGUCAUUAACGAAAUGGAUAUACUGAAAGCAGAGAUAAUGAGAAAACGUAAGGAGCUGGAGGACAGUCACAUUCUGGACAACCACAAAAAGUACUUCAAGAGAAGUCAAUUGAUAUCGAAGGAAGAGGAAGUACGCGAAACCGACAAAAGGAACAACGAAGUCGCACCGUCGAGCGUGAGUCGUCAGUCAGAAGAAUGUGUAACAGAUAGCUCCGAACAUCUGAUGCUAUCUAGACAAGAAGUAAUCAGACGGUUACGCGAACGAACUGAGCCUAUAUUAUUGUUCGGAGAAUCAGAGUUGGAAGCGUUCAAGAGGUUAAGGAAAUGCGAGAUCCUGGAGCCAGAAGUGAAUAAAGGCUUCAGAAAUGACUUUCAAGAGGCUAUGGAACAAGUGGAUCAAGCAUAUCUUAAUGAGAUUUUAACAUCCUCCAAGUCUCAAAGUCUCGAUGGAAAGGGAGAUGUGAACGUGCCUGAUGAGGGAGUUACUUACGAGGACAUAGAGAAGAUGUCGACUAAACUGAACAAGGGGGACAAGGACUUCGACAUGAAUGUUAUCACUCUGUUCGUACAAUAUCUGGUCCAAAUAUGGGGCAAUCAGUUAAACAGUCGAACAGCUGCUGAAAAGAUAAGCACCAAGGGCAAGAUGAACAGUGCUACCUAUGCUCAAACAAGAGAAUACUUAAAGCCGCUUUUGAGAAAGUUGAAGAAUAAAUCCCUUCCGGAAGAUAUAACCGACAGUUUGACAGAGAUUGUUAAACAUUUGCUGCAACGUAAUUAUAUACUGGCUAGUGAUGCUUAUUUGCAAAUGGCUAUAGGUAAUUCCCCUUGGCCCAUCGGUGUAACUAUGGUCGGUAUUCACGCACGUACCGGAAGAGAGAAGAUUUUCUCAAAAAAUGUCGCUCAUGUUAUGAAUGACGAGACUCAGAGGAAGUACAUCCAAGCACUCAAGAGGCUGAUGACUAAGUGUCAAGAAUAUUAUCCUACGGACCCUUCACGUUGUGUAGAAUAUUCAAAAAGUUAAGUACAAACAGACAAAGGCUUAUGUGAUACAAUGUAUAAAAUGGAAUACAAUAAUUAUUUCAAGUAGUAUAUGUAUAUAUAUACUCGUAUACAUAAUAGAAAUACAAACGCGCAUUGUUACUGCUGAGAAGACCCGAUUAAAUCUUAAUAAAUUUUUUUUUUUAUGAGAUUGAUUAUGGACAACUAACAAAUAAAUUAUUAAACAUCUUAUAUCAGGUAAGAUUAUUAAUAAUUUAUAAUUUUUUAAACAAUCAAAUAUACUAGGAUUAUGAGAUAAUAAAGUUAUUGGAGCGACUUAUUGUAUAUAUUAAUAUAUUAGAAUAUAUUUAUUAUAUUUGAGUAUAUUUAUUAUAUUAUAUUUGCAUACGUAAUAGACUGAAACAC